CAUCAACUACUUGUCUUUCCUUGUAUAGUUUGUCUUAACGUACAAGAUAAUUUGAAGGGUAGACGUAGACGUUGGAUACUUCUUUGGUAGGCUCUUAAGAAUCUUAGGUGUAUCUCUUUAGUUUGAAGGUUAGAUUCAGAAUCUCUGUAGAUUCAUUUUGGUGUGAUCGUUGUGUUGUAUAUAAAGUUCCAAGUGAUUUAGCUGGUGAAGUUGUGGUAUGAAUAUGAAGAAACAGAUUAUGGAUGAGUCUGAGAAGUCAUUGAUGCCGCCUCCUCCUCCACCGCUUCCUCCAUCUCCGGGAUAUGGAUUUAGAAAGAUCCAUGGAGACAGCAUAACCAAUAAACAGAUCAAGAAGUUCUGGAGACAAAAGCAGAUUAUUGAAGAGGAUCAUCUAUAUUCUGCUAUUAAGGCUGCAGCUCGUGUCAGAGCUCGUAAUCUCUCUGAUGAGGAUUACAAACGCUUUGAAGAAAGCUUGGACAUGGAGGACCUGAAAACUGAAGAUCAUCAGGGAUUGAAAGACUGGUGGACAAAGAGCAAAUACGCAUACUUGAACCAGCCCGCUCUUGGAUAUGCAGAUUCACUGAAGAGAAAGAGGUUUUCAACAUAUACACCAAACUGUUUCUCGUUCAAGCCUUGCAAUCCACUCUACGCAACUUCGCUCAAUGUCUUUUGAACCAUGAGCAGCAAACUCUGCAAGAUCAAUUGUCUUGCAUAUAUGUAUAUAUACGUUCGUGUGUGUGUCUCUGUACAUUCAUGUGUUAAUGCUUCUAUGUUAAUGGAUCUGGACUUUGGUGUGGUUUUUGAUUUGUAACUGUUGAAUAAAAUGUUUCUAUGGGACAUUAAUUUCUUCUUGUUCCAUAUUGUGUA